AUUUUUUAUUCUCAUCUCGGAUCACGUCUGUAUGUCCUGCACGCUAUUGCUUUAACGCUGUCUUGCGCUAGCCGCGAAGUGUACGUAUGUAGCCAGCAGUCAGAGAAAGGUGCCCCACCGUAUUCAAUAUUAGAGAGGAGCUUCUUGAAGAGUCCAGUGGUGGUGGCAUCAGGUAGGGAGAAACGGGCCUCUGGGCCCAAUCUGUCCUCAGUUCCCAUACGAAGCUCCAUUCAAUAUCGUUCAGUACAUGCCCGGUCCUAAGGAUAACAUGUUGCCUAUCGCGAGUUAGCCGCUAUUUGAUUAAGUUGACACGUGAAAUCGGUGAAGUGUGACUUGUACGUUCGAGGGCUCCGUCGACUGAUCAAUUUCGGGCACGCGCCUACCAUGCGGUUCAUCGAGCUGAUUCUCGUAGCGGCGGCGAUUCUCGUCGUUGCGACCUUUGCCAAAGAUGAGUCCUCGAAAAGCCGCGACAAGAGACAACAGGUGGCGUUUUAUCCGAGGAGAGGAGGUAGACCGCCACCCUACGCGGUCCAAAUGGAGCCGAUCGUUCAGUACUCCCAGAGAGACCCUCUUUACAAUCCUCUGGCCAGCUCCAAGAGCGACGAUCACUAUGAGGAGGCUCCAUUGAAUUACUACCCGACUGAACCAGAGCCGAUAAUCGAAAUCAUCAUCAAGGAAUCCAACGAGUCUUUGCCAACACCUGUGCCACCACCUCCUCCUCCACCUCCUAAACCCACGAAAGAACCCAUACAGGUGUUCUAUGUCAAGUAUGAGAAAAAGAAAGGCUACGGAGAUAAGCCUCGAGUCGUUUACGACCCACCGGUGCCCGCGCUAACACCUGUCGAGGAACACGAGGAGAUCAAACCGGAUAACCCGGCGCCUUACCCGGAAGAACCUGUUCAUACACCAACACCGGCUCCUUCAGAACCUUCCACGACUUUAAGAGCCAUCAUUCGACCAGACAGCGAGGUUUAUCACUCUGGUUCUAGCGGUAUCCGCGUUACAUUCGGCACGGAACAGGUGCCGCCGAACAAUCACAACAAACGCAGCGACCUGGAGACACCACCUGUCCAACAACAAUCCAAGCCACCCACCAGCGCUCCAGGAUCUCCGAAAAGGCAACACGGUCCCUAUCAACCGAUUCAACCCGUGCAUCAAAGGUUACCACCCGCGUUUCCGCAGCAGAGGAUCGCAAAUUCAUUUCCACAACCGCAAACGCUUCAUCAACCGCCACAGCAACAGCCGCCGUUGAAUUUCUUGCAACAGCAACAGCCGCCAUUCCAGUCUCCAGCUCAGCAGAGAAACCCGUUGCAAAGACCUCAACGACUGCCUAUAACGAUCCAAGGCUUGCCGGAAGUGCAGCAACGAGCGCCGUUCAACAACUUCCCUAACCCAGCCCCCUCUCACCGCGUCAAUAUCAAUCAUCCGCAGCAACCAGGUUUCCCUCCUGCGUUGUCGGUCUCCCAUCAGAACGUGCAGAUACAGAAUCAGCCUUUAAAUCAGGGAAAUCACUUCAACGUGGAACAACAACCGCAGCAACAGCAACCUAUACCUCCUUAUAAACAACACGAGUUGGAGAAACAGAGGUACCACGAGCAACGUCGUCAACAAGAGCUGCUGAAGCAACGCGAACAUCAAAGACAGCACGAACAGCAGAGGCUUCAGGAGCAUCAGAGAUUCUUGGAACAGCAGAGACAGACGGAACAGCAGAGGCACAUAGAGCAACAGAGGCUGUUGGAACAGCAGAGACAACAAGAUCAUCAGAGAAUUCAGGAACAGCAGAGAUUGCAGGAGCAGCAGAGACUGCAAGAGCAACAGCGAUUGCAGGAACAGCAGAGGUUGCUGGAGCAACGUAGGAGAAAGCAAGAGCAAGAGCAUAAACUGUUGCAAGAACAACAGUAUCGUUCACAGUUGAAGUAUAAUCAAGCGCAGUCGGUGCAAGGUAUACCGCAGAUCCCUGUGCAACCUCAGCUUCCAAAGCCUGAAGGAGAAAUUUUCAAAGCUGUUCCAAAACUUGAACAGCACUAUGCGAUUCGAGAGAAUCCACUCCAUCCUGGUCCUUUCCCGCCUAAUCCUUCUCAUCAGUCGACAGGAUUCUCGGAACCAACACGGAAUCAGUACGAUUCCAUUCAGCAAUUAACUACAUCCGCAGAGAAUCAUCAGUUUCUAAGAACUCCGCCGAGUGAAUUUCUAAACGAUCAUCAGCAGCAUCUAAACACGAAACAACAAAUCAUUCAAAAUCAACAGCAAGGAUUUUAUUCUCAAAAUACCCAAACCCCUCAACAUCAACAAGUACAACAACGAUUCCCGCCAUCCUCCCAGCGAUCAUCCAUCUGGGGACGUCCAUCAUUCUCCGGGAAUAAUCCAUCCCAAAAGAUUUACGCUACCCCAGUCACCCCUACGGAAGACUAUAACGCAAUCUCCACGAUCAGACCGUUCAUUUCGAGUACUUCGACUACUACCACCACUACGACAACUACAACCACGACUACGGAAGCGCCGACAACUGCCCCCCCAAAGAACGAAGCAAAGAUCAAGGAGAACAUCGCUAAUUUGCCGGAUGAAGUGCCAGAUGAUAUCAGGGAGCAGCUGCUGAGUUCCGGUAUUUUGGGUAACGCCGACAUACAGAUACUGGAUUACGACAAGGUCGGCGACAUACCGAUAGAGAAACUACCGCCUGAGGCACUGGCUAAUUUCUACGGCGCCGGAGGUGGUUCCGCGGUCGCAGCCAGCGAACCGGUCCCCUCGAUCAUCAAGAAGCCCAAAACGGCUGAGAGUUUAUCUUCCUCAUCCGCUUCCUCGUCCACCUCUUCUUCGUCUUCCACCUCUUCGGCAGUUUCGGGGAACAAGCCGGCUGCCGGUAGCACCACUCAGAUCGAGCAGGCCACCUUGCGGCCCGGCGGCGUGGAGAUGAAAGUAGUACGCUUCGAUCCGAAUACGGAGCAAGGCCAGGCGAUCGCUGAUCAGCACAUACGCGACGAUGCUACCAGGUUGAAUCCCGUAACCGUGGGAGCCAGGGACGAGUCCCAGUACAAUCGUUAUCUACCGCUCAAAGUGAGCGGCGCUUCCUUCCCUAUCCCGGACGUACCUCAGUUGAACGGUCGAAAAAUUUCCAGCGUGGUCGUGCUGGCGCCGGUUGAUUAUAACUUUCAAGAAGAGAAGGAGAUCGAGUCGAGGCAGGGCAGGAGGGUCAGCGAUGUACAGGCGGUCAAGUUUCUCGCCGGUGACACGUUGAAGCAGCUGGUGAAAAAACCAUCCGCGGAGAACUACAAGAAGUGGCUGGAACAGGAGAGCCGUACCGAGCCGCAGAAACAGUCGGUGGUGUUGUUGGUAACCAUGCCAAAGGACGCGAAGCAAGGUGAAAAAGAGAUCUUCAUGUACGACGUGGUCUCACAAACUGUGAGCAAACUGGCUGGAGAUCUGUCCACCGCCUUUGUGGACGCAGCCGAAAGCAAUUCUGAUAAUACCGAUUCCUUCAAUGAUUCUAGUUUCUCAGCGCAGUAAUCUGUGUUAGGAUGGGGUCACUGCUAUGAUCUAUCAUAGCACUUACGGUUUGAAUUUAAUAAGGAACGAAAGAUGAAACAGGCUUAGUGUGCCAAGUCCAUGAAAAACAUAUAAAACUUGAUGUUACUUGUACAUGUUAUCUUAAUGUUACAACGAAACCGGAAGAAGGUUUCAGAGAGGUAGAGGACAUAAAAGUAUACGUGUAGAUACGUGCAUUAUGUAUUAUUAUGUAUAUAUUGAUUUUCUACUCUUUUUUUAUA